GCCAUGGAGAUUCUGCUCAAAGACACCAAAGGCGUGUCGCCCGAGACCAUCAUCUCCAUACGAGCUGGCACCACACGUCGACAGGUGCCUGUCUCACUGGCAGACAAGCCAUUCAAGUUUCCAUGUCAACUCGCUGAAUGUGGUGCCAUCAAGGUCGACCUCAUGACAGUGACGGCAUCAGCGCGAGCCAUCCUCCAAGCGGAAGGUGAGCAAGAUGUCGAGAUGAAGAUGAUCAAGAAGACCUCCCCAGAGGCAUUGUAUGCCAGCGAAGAAGCUCAGAUCUCGUUGCUGGUGCGAAGCUCAUCAGGCGAGGCUCCAGCAAUGUCACAUGAGGAGCGCGCAGCAAAGAAAAAGGCGAUGGCAAGUGCGACGGAGGAGUACCUGCACAACCAUGGUGUGCUCACCUUCAUCCAGGGUGUCCUCCAGGGUAUUAUCCGAGACAGGCCAGAUGAUCCAUACAAGUACGUUGCGGAUCAGUUUGCCUCUGCGUCUGUCUCGAAGAAGGACACUCCCACUGUCGAGGAGAUGCGCCAAACAGCCCGUGACGCACUUCUACAUGGCGCCAAGUCGGGCAAGCUGCUGGAGGUUCUCCGCCAGGGUACAAGUCCAAAAGCGUCAAGCCCAAGUUCCCGCGCUGAACUGCCGCAGGCAGCUGAUGCCGAGCUCAACUCAACAGACAGCGAAGUGGAUCAAUUGCGGCAAGUUGCUAGAGAUGCCCUGUUAAAGGGUGCGCAGUCUGGCAAGCUCUUUGAUGUCCUGGCCGAGAGCAGUGCCAAGAAGGCGGAAGCACGCAAGAAGGCACAGGCUAAAGACGUAGAUCAAUUGCGCCAGCAGGCAAAAAACUUGCUGCUGGAAGGGGCGCAGAGUGGCAAACUGAUGGAAGUCCUGCAGGGUGCACCUCUGUCUGAGUCCAAAGUACCCACUGAUGAUGCAGUCAAGCAGACCGACCAGCCGGAUGUUGCAGUUGAACCCAGACCAGAAGCAGACACCACAGACCAGGAAGCAGAGGAGAUAGAUGCUCUCCGGCAGCAAGCGCGAGACUUGUUGUUGGAAGGCGCCCAGAGCGGCAAACUGCAGGAAGUAUUGGGAGGUGCACAACAGCCCGCGUCUGCAGAAGUGGCUGAUGAUGUGGACAAGCUGCGACAGCAAGCUCGUGAGGCUCUAUUGGAAGCAGAGGAGAUAGAUGCUCUCCGGCAGCAAGCGCGAGACUUGUUGUUGGAAGGCGCCCAGAGCGGCAAACUGCAGGAAGUAUUGGGAGGUGCACAACAGCCCGCGUCUGCAGAAGCGGCUGAUGAUGUGGACAAGCUGCGACAGCAAGCUCGUGAGGCUCUAUUGGCGGGUGCGCAGUCUGGCAAGUUGUUUGAGGUUCUGUCCACGAAUAUCGAGCAGAACGAGCAACCAAAGAAGCCAGCUGCUGAUGAUGACAUGGACGACUUACGCCGUCAAGCAAGGGAAGCACUCCUUCUCGGUGCGCAGUCAGGGAAACUGAUGGAGCUUCUGGCAAAGAACAGUGAGCAACGAGCAGCAAGCAAGCGGAAUUCAGCCGAAAGCCCGGAUGAGUUGGAGUUGUUGCGACAGCAAGCUCGAGAGGCUUUGAUACAGGGGGCACAGAGCGGAAGGCUCCUUGAAGUACUGGCCAAGCCAGAUGAAGCAGAGGAGAUGUUUCAAUUGAAAAAGAAGCUGUGUGACGCGAUUGCAGGGAGCAUGGAAACAGGUGAGCUGACCGAGGCAUUGAAGGAGGUUCACGAUUUGCGGACGCAGGAGAUCUGGCAGGAGGCAAGCGACGCACUGCGCGAUGGCGCCGAGUCCGGCAAGGUCCUGCAGAUGCUUGCAGAAAAAGCUGGUGCUGAUGACGGAGCGCCCAAGGCGACCUUGGAGGUGGACAGGGCAGAGGCAGUGGAACUUGCUCUUCAGCGUGUGUCUCAGUGUCGGUGCUGA